AUGCCGAAAACAAGGGCGAAUGCUUCUGGAGAUGCAUCUGAAAGACCUAUAGAAUCUGAAGAGCGGGUGGACCUUGAUGGAGACAACGAUCCUGAAGAAACAAUAGAAGAAGAGGUCGAGUAUGAAGAAGUAGAGGAAGAGGAGGAAGUGGAAGAGGUGGAAGAGGAAGAGGAAGAAGAGGAAGAAGAAGAUCCAGAGGAGGGUGAGGAAGAGGGAGAAAACAAGGGAGCUGCUACAAAAUCUAAUGGACAGAAAAGCUCAGAUGGUGAUGAAGUGAUGAUAGUUGUUGAAGGAGAGGAGGAAGAAGAAAAAAAGAAGCAUGCGGAGCUUCUUGCACGCCCUCCGCAUGGAUCAGAGGUGUAUCUUGGUGGCAUUCCUCAUGAUGCAUCUGAAGAGGAUUUGAGGGGAUUUUGUGAAUCUAUUGGGGAAGUUACUGAGGUUAGAAUAAUGAAGGGAAAAGAUUCAGGUGAGGCCAAAGGUUAUGCUUUUGUCACCUUCAGAAACAAGGAGUUGGCUUCUAAGGCCAUUGAGGAACUGAACAAUUCUGAGUUAAAGGGAAAAAGGAUUAAAUGUUCUACAUCUCAAGCAAAGCAUCGGUUGUUUAUUGGAAAUGUUCCCAGAAAUUGGGGAGAGGAGGAUAUGAAGAAGGCUGUAACAGAUAUCGGACCAGGAGUCAUUUCUGUGGAACUGUUGAAGGACCCACAGAACUCCAGCCGGAAUCGUGGAUUUGCUUUCAUUGAGUAUUAUAAUCAUGCGUGUGCAGAAUAUUCAAGACAAAAGAUGUCCAGCCCAAAAUUUAAGCUCGACACCAAUGCUCCUACUGUGAGCUGGGCUGAUCCUAAAAAUACAGAAUCCUCUGCUGCUUCUCAGGUGAAGGCAGUGUAUGUCAAGAAUUUACCAAAAGACAUUACUCAGGAGAGUCUAAAGGAGCUGUUUGAACGUCAUGGAAAGAUCACAAAGGUGGUUCUCCCACCUGCUAAAGCAGGACAUGAAAAGAGCAGAUUUGGUUUUGUGCACUUUGCGGAAAGGGCAUGUGCAAUGAAGGCAUUGAAGAACACUGAAAAAUAUGAAAUUGAUGGUCAAGUUUUGGAAUGCUCUCUUGCAAAGCCACAAGCAGAUCAGAAGUCUUCUGGAUCAUCAAAUCAUCAGAAGUCACCCUUACUUCCAACCUACCCACCACGUCUCAGUUAUGGCAUGGGAGGGAGUAGUCCAUAUGGUGGAUUGAGUGCUGGAUAUGGUGGCGGUGCAGGGUUUGCCCAACCACUGAUCUAUGGUAGGGGACCAACUCCUGCUGGAAUGGCAAUGAUGCCUAUGCUUUUGCCGGAUGGAAGGAUUGGAUAUGUCCUGCAACAACCCGGAAUGCAACCACACACCCCUCCACCGCAGUCUAGAGGUGGAAGAAGUGGUGGUGGCAACUCAAGUGGUGGAAGGCGCAGUGGUGACAACAAUCGUGGCCGCAGUCGCUAUAACCCUUAUUAA